AUGGAGAAGCUCCGAAGGUGUUACCGUUCAGAGAUCCAGCGUGCCGCUCCAUAUGAUGGCCCUCGCCGGAUCUCCUCAUCCUGGGUCCACUUCCAGAGCAUGCACUCCAUGGAGAAGGGCCCCAACCGCUUCCCGUCUUCCUCUGAUGACGAACCACAAGGAGAAGAGGAUCACGAGAAUAGCAUCACACGCAUUAACGAUGCACUCAACAAUAAUUACAGUCAUCAGAAAGGUAAUUUUAGUAAUCAAGGGCUAAUGGGUAAUGGGACGACUAGUGGUUUUCGGAUCAAAAUUCCUGGUAAGGCAAGUGCAGGUGAUAUUGCCAAGAAAAAGAAAGGGGAUAAUGGGAUGGACGAGGUGCUGGCUGCGAUAGAGACAUUAGGAGAGUGGUUUGUGAGAAUAGAAAAAGUCAAGAUGGAUAUGACGCACGAGGUGAAGCAGAUGCGAAUGCAGAUGGAGUUGAAGAGGAUUGAGAUGAUACUUGAGUCGCAACAGAGGAUUGUGGAGGCCUUUGCUAAUGCAAUUUCAAAUAGGAAACCUAAGAAGGCAAAGAAAAUGCCAAUGUCUGACUGCUAA